AUGCCGCCCAAAAAGCAGAAAGGAGUAGCUCCCAAGCCGAAGAAGGCGUCCGAGAAGGUGACUGACAUCUUGCCAGCCCAGCUCCAAAACCCGCCUGUGUUCCUUGACCUAGAUGCAUAUGGGGUCGUUGGCAAGUCCUGGACGAAGGACUCGAGCGUGGGCCUCUUAACCCUCUUGGACAGCUAUACAGAUGGCAAGCUGAUUGGACGUAACAUCGACACUUUGAAGCUGAUGAAGUUUCUACAAAGCAAGCCUGGGGUCGAGGAAGACGAAGGGGAUGAUCAAUGGAAACUUGUCCGCUAUCUGGGAGCUGGGACCUUCGGCCGUGUUGGUCUCUGGGUCAAGAUUUCGGAGGAUGGUGAGCUGCUUGACUCAAUUGCCAUUAAGGAGGCGGAUCAUAUGUGGAUGAAUCGAGAAGCCAACAAGCGUGAACCCAACUUGCCGAUCGAGGUGGCCAUCCAACGAGACUUGAACACCUACGACGCCACCAGCAUUAGCUACCUGCGUAACUACAAAUAUGGAGCAGCCACGCGUCGAGGCCGGCUGUACCUGAAACAUUACAAGUAUGGAAAUCUAGAUCUCUUGCACAAGGCAUACGCCAUCUAUGGCCACUGGCUUCCUGAGUGGUUCUGCUACGAAAUCCUCCUCGACUUCUGCGCUUCUCUGCGCGCUCUCGAUCAGCCGCCUCCAGAGGACACCAAAGUUGACUUGACCGAUGCUCGAGGUAUCACGCAUGAACGGGAGGACUUGAAGACCAUUCAUCAAGAUAUCAAGCCAGAGAAUGUCUUUCUGGACGAUCUGCCAGGAAAGGAUAAGCCCAAGAAAGGCCAUGCGCGCCCUGUGCCUGUACUUGCAGACUUUGGGGAAGCAGACUAUACCUAUGAGAAUCAUGCAAACAAUCCUCGAAGUCUUGCAUGUGGCGGCACGCAAGGUUACAAGCCUCGAGAGGAGCUUGCCGUGAAAAAGGUCCUCGACAAAGUUGAAAGAAGGGAGAACCUGGAUGCCGAUGAUUACGAUCGACUGAGAGAGCGCAUCAUACCGAGAGCCAACAAUGUCUGGGGCAUCGGACGCGUCGUCUUCGAGCUCAUGACUCAUAUUCAGGGCACGGACUUUGGACGCUUCCUGAAACUCAACGAUGAUGAAGAGGACUAUGAUCACGAUUACAUGGAGUAUCAGGCAAGGGAUCCAAUGUACAAGAACCUCGAGAAGUGGAAGGAGAUGCUGGGUAAAGUUGUAGAUCGACGACUUGGCGAGUCUUUCCCUUAUUCCGAAGACCGCAUCAUUCUCAUCGGCGACAUGCUGAAUCCGAUUCCGCGGAAGCGACCGGGUGUGGAUGAGAUCCAAUUACGGGCAGAGACUGGCCUCAAGCGCGCCCUGGACGAGGCAGGGGCAGACGACGACGGCGCGGACACGAGAGGCAAAAAGUCUGCAAAGUCCACCAAGUCCAGGGCCAAGUCCAAAUCCCGCAAAGCUAGGCCGGCCAAACAACGAUUUCCAUCGCUGUACUACACCCAGGAGCAGUGGGCGACAAUACCAACGGGUCCAAUCGACUGGACGGAAGAGAAACCAGAAGAGCUGGACUGGCUGAGAGACUGGGCCUACAGGUUGCUGAAUGGCCUUGACCCCGACGGUCCAAUGAUCAGGCAGCCGGACUUCAUGAAGAACGACGAGCGGGAAUGGCUCCGUGUGAGCGACCUUGCGAGGAAGGCGGUCGUCAAGGACAGGCUGCUGGGGAACGCCAUGUCGCUCAAGGACUUGGACGUGCAUAACUACGCGAGCGUGCGGGACGCGGAGAAGGCGCUUCAGAAAGAAGGACGGAGCAAGGGCGGGAAGGGCGAGGAGGCGGCAGAGGAUGAUGUUGCGCACAAAGAGCAGGUGAAGAAGGUUCCCAGAGCGCGAAAUCCUACGACAAAGCCUGCAGCGGGAAAAGCUGGAGCCACGAAGAAGAAGGCGCCCAAAGCUGGGAGGAACCGGAAGAGGAAGGUUGCUGAGCCGGAGGAGACCGAGGUGGAAGAGCUGGAAGCCAACGAGGCGGCGAAGACGGUAAAGACGGUAAAGAAGGCGAAGAAGGCCAAGGCUCCUAAAUCAAAAGUCGCAAAGAGCGAAGUGAAUGAUCGCCAGGCUCAUGCAGACGAGCACGAUGUGCAGCUCGGUCGCGGGAGACGGGUCAAGAAGCCGAAUGUUCGGUAUGCUUAG